CGCCUUCAGUGACAGUGCGGACAGGAACCCUGUAAAACGCAUGCACACAUGAACACACAGAGAUCAGAGGCCGAAGCCUGAAGUUCUCGCAUGAUGGAUCUGCAGACAGUCAUUUGUGUUUUUGCUGCAUUUCUCCCGGUGACUUUUGCUUCGCGACCUGUGAUGACGUCCCUGAAAGGCGUCGCCGUCCUGCCCUGCACUGGGACUCCCUACAACAGCUCUAGCACUGACCAGCCAGUUGUCAGGUGGACCACGUCCAUUGGCCAGCUGGUUGCCAAGGUGUUCCAGGAGAAGCUCACAGUGGGAAUGGGGUACGAGAGCAGAGUGUGGCUCUCCAAGGAAGGCAUGGAGAAGGGAGACUACUCUCUCACCAUCUCCCCCAUUGUGUACAAUGACAAUGGUGUGUACCACUGCAGAAGAUGGGCUCAGCCUCUUCAUGAAGUCAUACUAGAGGUGUUUGACAGGGAAAUGACCGCACUGGUUGGGGACCCGGUCACUCUCCCCUGCUAUGCCAAUGUCAAGAAACAGGCAAAUUAUAGCCACGUUACUCUCCACUGGGAAAAAGAUGGAGAGGAUGUGCUGCGCUUGCAGUAUGGCUUAUUGUCUUUGGGCUCCGGGUUCGAGAACAGGGUCAGUGUGUCUCCAGACUGGGUCCUCCAGGGUGACCUGUCACUGGCCUUCAGCAGGACACAUUUGUCAGACACAGGACCUUAUCAAUGCUUCUUCAGCAAGGACAAAGGGACACCGGAUGGGAUCAUCCUCACUGUUGAAGCCCGUCAGUCCAACGAAACCAUCCAGUCCUCUGAGGAACUCCUUCUGUCACUCUACAGUACAGAACCAGUCCACGUUCUGUUCACUUCAGACGGGGGUUCCACCAGAAUGUCUGUGUGUACAGUGGAGGGAGGCUCCCUAGACUGCAGCCCUCAGUACCAACCUAGAACAUCCGUCCAGAACUCAACGCUCACUCUAAAAUAUACCACCCCACAUGACAGUGGUGUCUACAGAGUCAUGGACCAGAGGACGAACAAAACCAUCCACACUGUGUUCGUCACUGUUACUGGUUUUCGUCCUUUAGUGGUCAUCAUGGUGCUCAUCCUGGGCCUGGGGCUUUUCGUUCAGCAGAUGACCAUGUUUACAUGGCUGGUGAUACGAUGGUGCAGGACAGCAAAGACGCUGGAAGAUGAGAAGAAGAAAAGGCACAUUUUUAGACUGAUGCUGCUGCUGCUGGUGCUACUGGUGGUGUUGAUGCUGCUAGGGUUUUCAACUUGGAUGAUUUUAACACCUAAGCAGAAAGGAUUGAAUUUCAUGCUGGGCCUGUGGCUGGGGCUCUUUAUGCUUCUGCCGACAAUGUUAAUUCUGAUGAUGGUGCGAUGGCGCAGUCGAGAGAUGACGUUAGUAGGUAAACUGAAGGAGAUGCUGCUGGUGCUGUUGGUGCUGCUGGUGCUGGUGCUACUGGUGUUGCUGGGGAUUUCAGUCUGGAUAAUAGAAACACCAGGGCAUCACAGGCUCGGUUUGAUGCUUGUCCUGCUGUUGGGGAUGUUCAUGCUGCUGCCGACAGUGGUAACAGUGGUGAUGAUAUGGAAAGCCACAAUGCUAUACUCAGGCCAAGAUAAGAGAAUUAAGCAUAGGCUACUGGUGGUGCUCAUGUUGGUGGUGCCACUUGAGCUGCUGGGGUUGAUACUCUCGGUUGUGAUGAUGGUAAUGGCAGUACAGGGCAGGCUGAGUUCGGAGUUGGGACUAGGGCUGGGCAUGGGGCUAACACUGGGAGUGGGCUUGAUCCUGGUAGUCCUGCUCUGCCUGUUAUACAAUCGGUCGAGGUCAAAUAACUUGGGAUCUCGAGACUCCACAGAUCAUACUUCUUUCAGUUUCAGUACAACAAAUGUUGACAGCUCUCAUAGGUCAGGUAUGGAGACCAUACCACUGAACAGACUUGGAGGCAACCACCACCAAGAGCACUCCACCAUCUGGUCCCGAUAUGAAGGGGUCGAAGAUGUGGACCAUCACAAUCCUUCUGUCAAUCCUGCACAAAGUGUCCACAUAUUACCGGUGCAUAAUGGAAUGGAUGGCUCUCUCUGAUGACAUCUUCUAAGUCUUCCAGGAGUCCCCAUUGAUCAUCAGAGUUAAACCAAAACACGAUAAUGGUCUGAUCUGCUGCUUGCAGACAGCUCCGUUAACUAAGUUCCCAAGUGAAAAGAACACACUUGGGAAAGCUGCUGUUAUCCCAGUUCCACCACCAGAAACAAAGAGUGUUUCUUAUGGACUAUGUCCCUUCUGUCUCCAUCCUUUGCUGUAGAAAUAGUCAUCAUCCUGGGAGCUGCAGACACCUUUGGAAGACUAACUGACAAAACUAGAAAAUAAAAUAUUGUGUUUCAUCUUGCAGGGACAGCAGUCAAGCCAUCCCAGACCCAGUGUCUUAUCGCUCCUGUGGCUAGUCAAAAAUAAAAUAAUAGCCAGCGAAGGCAGAGCUUCCCCCUCAUGACAGCAACUGACAGGCCACUGUUUAACAUGCCUUGGAUCUCACUCAACCCCCAGCCAAACUGACUAAUACAGCACUUAGAUGUGAGCCAAACGACCCUAGCAGUGAUAUGCCAGCAGUAAAAAUUUUACUGUUAGUUUUGAGGCCAUUGUGGCCAGGUUUUCUUCACUGGGCACUUUUGUGGGGUGCCUGGCUAAGAAAGAGUCAAGUACUCUUGGUCACAUGGACAAUGUACAGAACUUCUUGACAGUGACUUGGAGAAAGAGAAGAUGCAAGAGGGAGGUUGGGUCAGCCACUGAUGCUGCACUUUGGGAGCCAGUUUUGACUGCAACUCCCCAGAACUGCCAAGAAGAUCCCCCUCUUCCUUACUUGUACCCGAACAUAUUGGUUUAUUGGUUAUUGAUCUCUCCUGGGUGGGGUCUCCCCCUAGGUUCCAUUUGUC